AUGAAACUGUUUACUUCCUUUACUGCUAUCAUUGCUGCGGCAUCAGCAGGACGUAUUUUUAGCCAGCCGCAAGAAAACCAGUACGCAAAUGUCGCUGACGUCUACCAAUCAGCUGUUGAACAUCAAGGAGUGUAUGCUGGACAGUCCCAUUCGUAUCCUGAACAGAUUCAAUACUCUAGUCAUUUAGAUGGACAGCAACAUAAUUUAGGUCACCAAGGUCGUUUAGGUUACGAAAGACCAUCUGCUGAGAAAGUAGCCAAAAUUUUGGCGUAUCAUUCGGAAAGUAAUGAUCAUGGAUACAAUUAUGCCUAUGAAACUGAAAAUGGUAUCAAAGCCCAGGAAAUUGGUCACGUAGCUAAAGGCACGAAUGCAGAAGGUGCCUUCUCUUACACCGGUGAUGAUGGACAUACAUACACAGUGACAUACAUUGCUGAUGAACAUGGUUUUAGAGCUAAUGGUGCCCAUCUCCCAACCCCACCUCCAAUUCCUGAAGCCAUCUUAAAAUCUCUGGAGGAAAAUGCGAAGGCUGAAGCCAAUGGAAUUUACGAUGAUGGUCAUUAUCAUGAAGAGCAACAGCCAGCUCAAAAUUACCAGUAUGAAGGUCAUCAGCAAGAAUAUGCUCAAGCCCCAGCAUCCAACACUGGAUAUCACCAU